AUGGAAGUAAAACUCAACCUGAAUCAAUCUUCGUUCAUUCGAGGAAAAGAACAACUAGACAAUGCAAAACUGCACGUCCAAGCUGAAAAAUUGAUAUCGGAGAAGAGACUAGAAGAAGCUUCUGAGAUUUUCUGCAGAAUUUUGUGUAAUAACGAGACCGAUGUGAAGGCGCUCCAUUCGCUUGCGGUCAUUAACCAUCGGACUGGUCAAUUCGAUGCAGCCAGAACUCUCUAUCUCCACGCUUUGAAGGUAGACCCAGAGAGACCAAAGAUUAUUUUCAAUCUCGGCAGACUUGAGCAUGAAGUGAAACGACGCGAUGCUGCCAAAAUGCAUUACGAAACCGCACUUUCAAUGGAAUGCGAUCAAGAGCUCAAAUGCAGUACAUUAGCCUAUUUGGGUCUGUUGCUGCUUGAAGAUUUCGAUGAUUUAUAUGGUGCUGAAGAAUGCUUUGAAAAGUCUCUUGUUCUCAAUCCGAAGCACGUACGCACCCUCGAUCAUCAGAGUGCUUUGUUGGUCCGGCAGGAUCGAAGGGAUGAAGCUGCUUUGCUGCAUGAAAUUGUGAUCUCUCUUUCACCUGAGCACAGAAAAUGCUGGUGCCCGUACUUCAACAGCUUGUUCGAUGGGAGAUUGGUGAAAAAAUGUGACACUGGUCGAGUGAGCUCGUUUUCUUUCACGGAAAAAAUGCAGUCAAGAUGGAAAGACUCUGACUUCCUCCACAAUGCACGAAGGCUGGUUGAAAAAGCGAGGAUGAAUAGGAGUCUAGACUACUACGCAAACUCCGACUCGUAUCAAAAUGGUCUAUCUCCAAGGGGAACGAUACUUCUUUCGGGAUGCAACGUGGAGCGUGACAAAGAUGAUUCCAGUGUUUUCGUCAUUCGAGAUAAUGUCAAGAAGAGGACGUAUGAAUGUCGAUGCAGUGACGAGUUUCAAAUGAAAUCAUGGAUCGAUCACUUGAAACAGAUCGUAGAGGAUGACAGACGCAAAGCAAUUGACAGAAGACCCACGAUUUUUACUGAAGAAGAAUCGGCGAAGAAAGGAUCGCCCAAAUACACAGGCUGGAUGAAGAAGCGAGGGUGGUACAAUUCUUCCUGGAGGGACCGCUUCUUUGUACUGUCGGGGACAUCAUUGGAGUAUUAUGUCAGCUCUGAUGCCUUUGCUGCGGGCCAGGAUCCUCAGGGAUGCAUCUCCUUGAAAUCAUGUCUUGCUCAGCCAAAGGCAGGGAGCGGAAAUCACUGGGAACUGACUAUUCGCGAUAACAUGAAGCGCAGAACUUUUGAGUGCGCUUGUGUUUCAGAAACUGAUCGGUCAAAGUGGAUUCUGGCAAUCGAAUCUUGCAACAAAUGA